CCGGGGGCGCGGCGCCGGCCACCUCCCGGCACGCGGUGGUCCUCGGGACUGAGUGCGGCCCGGCCAGGUGGGGCGAGCGGCGGCGGUGGCGGCUGCAAUGGCAUGGACCAAAAUGAGAAAUUCUGUCGCUGAUUGCAAAGUGAAAAGGAAGCAGGCAACAGACUGAGGGCUGCCGAGCAAAAGAUGGACCCCUGUGAAGACCUGGAAACGUCCAGCGGUAAAUCUCUGGACUCCAGAGGGACCGAACCUCAGGAAUUUGAAGGACCACAGGCCUGCGGCUCUGAGGCCCUGGGGAGAGGAAACGAGGAGAUGUGGAGCCGGAAAUCCCACCUGCAGAGCCCACACGUGGAGAACAGCAACAGUGAACAGCAAGAUCGAAACAGAGUUUCUGAAGAACUUAUAAUGGUUGUGCAAGAAAUGAAAAAAUACUUCCCAUCGGAGAGACACAGUAAGCCAAGCACCGUGGAUGCUCUCAACUAUGCCCUUCUCUGCAUACACAGCGUACAAGCAAACAGUGGGGUUUUCCAGCCUCUCAGUCAGAGUGGAGCACCUCAAGCAGCUGCGACCGCAUACAAUCUUGAGGAGCUGGCCACGGCUGCCUCGGGGUACACUUCUAAAACCACAGAUACCUUUGUGGCAGUGUUUUCAUUUCUGUCUGGAAGGUUAGUGCACAUUUCUGAACAGGCUACUUCAAUCCUGAACUGUAAGAAAGACUUCCUGGAGUCUUCGCACUUUGUGGAACUGCUUGCUCCCCAAGAUGUGAGGGUUUUCUGUGCACACACUGCCCUCGCUCAGCUUCCCCUCUGGAGCAACUGGACCCAAAGAGCAUCUCAGUACAAAUUCGCUCCGGUGAAAUCCUUUUUCUGCAGGAUCCGGGGAGGCCAAGACACAGAGCAAGAAAAGCAUUACUACCCAUUCCGUAUUAUCCCGUAUCUGAUGUAUGUACGUAGCUCCACCCAGCUGGAAUCUGAGCCCUGCUGUCUCACCCUGGUGGAGAAGAUUCACUCUGGUUAUGAAGCUCCUCGAAUCCCAGCAGAUAAAAGAAUUUUUACCACGACACACACCCCAGGCUGUGUCUUUCUUGAAAUAGAUGAAAGAGCGGUGCCUCUGCUGGGUUACCUACCUCAGGAUCUGAUGGGAACGUCUGUCUUAGCAUAUCUGCACCCAGAAGAUCGUUCUCUCAUGCUUGCCGUACACCAAAAAGUCUUGAAGUAUGCAGGCCACCCUCCCUUUGAACACUCACCCAUUCGAUUUUGUACUCAAAAUGGAGAUUACGUCAUCUUGGACUCCAGCUGGUCCAGCUUUGUGAACCCAUGGAGCCGGAAGGUAUCGUUCAUCAUUGGUCGGCAUAAAGUUCGAACGAGUCCACUGAAUGAGGAUGUUUUUGCUACCAGAAAAAGAAAGACGAACAGUAAUGACAAAGACGUAACAGAAUUACAAGAACAAAUUCACAAACUUCUCUUACAGCCGCUUCACGUGAGCGCCCCCAGCGCCUACGGAAGCCUGGGCAGCAGCGACCCGCAGGAGCCGCGCGUCAGCCUCGCGGCGUCCAGGGAGGCCGGCGGACCCCGCGCCGAGGCGGCGCGCAGGGAAGCGCUGACUUUGCAGCAGGUCUGUGCCAGUGUAAACAAAAUUAAGAAUCUAGGUCAGCAGCUGUACAUUGAGUCAGUGGCCAAGUUACCAGAUGAGCGACUGACGGGGACGCGCACGGGACGGCUCGGUGAUGAACAGAAGGCCUCAUCUGCCUUCCAGACGUUGAAAAACAAUAGCGUGCCCACGGAGUCUUGUGAAGACUGGAGAGAAGACCAGCAUAGCCCAUCCUAUCAGCAAAUAAACUGCAUUGACAGUGUUAUCAGAUACCUGGAGAGCUACAGCAUUCCAGCUUUGAAAAGAAAGUGCAUAUCCUGUACCAGUACAACCUCCUCGUCCUCAGAAGAAGCCAGCCCGAACCACAAGGCAGAUGAUGCCACAGCCUUGCACGCAGAAGUGAUUCCAGCAGAGGAUGCUGCCCCAGCGUGUGAGCCCUGGACCCCACGCGCACACCCAGCUCCACUGACCUCAGAAGAAUUUAAACACAUAGGGCUCACGAAGGCUGUUCUGUCAGCCCACACCCAGAAGGAGGAACAGAAUUAUAUUGGUAAAUUCCGGGAAGAGAUCCUCUCAUCACCCUACAGAUCCUGUCUUCAGCAAGAAAGCAGAAACAAAGCUAAACAUUCGUGUGUUCAAGGAGACUCUGCUUCCACGCGGGCACGAUCAGCUGGCUGCACGGAGGAGAAGCACAGACGGAAGAAGCCACGGGGACCGUGGGACCGCAGGCUCGCUCAGGACACCUUCUGUCCCCGCUCGGGAGGAGAUGGCCAGUACAGGCAGCCCCGGCGCCCUUCCGUUGCCUCCUCUCCGCAGGCCUCCAGCCUGUCCUUCCCGGCUGCCCUGAUGGCUGCCAGCCUGGCUCCUUACCUCAUCCCGGCCCGCCCCGCCCCGGCCCUGCCCUCUGUGGGAAGAGAGCACGCAGCGUCGCUGACCACCCUUGACCUGCUGCCUAAGCCCCCUUUAUGGAACGACUUGCAGUCUUUUCCUGCUCUCCCUUCUCCUUCCUUAGAUACUGUGAUGACCAUUUUCCUGCCUGACCCCCCUGGCUGUCCCCUCUUGUCACCAUCCUUCUGUCCAUAUGCGUUCCUGGGAGCAGCGGGCUCUUCUGGAACACCGCCCCCGGUAUCCGCAGUGACUCCGCACCUGGAGCCGCCGCCCUCCGUCCUCAGCCGGAGGUGGGCAGAGGGAAAGUGGGAGACGCCGUGUGGAGAGCACCCGUGCGCUAACUCAAGGAGCAGCUCACCACUACAGCUAAACUUGCUGCAAGCAGACAUGCUCAGAUCCUGUGAAUCUUCAGAUCAGAUGAGAAGGGAUAUAUGCCCGGAAGCUAAGUAUUGUGUCCCGGGCAAUAGUGGGAAGAAGAGCCAUCGUGCUACCACCAGCGAACUGUCCACGGCAUCACUAUACGAGGAGUUGCUGUCUGCAACGGGCUCUGUGGCAUCAGGAAGCAAUGACAGCAGUAUGUACUUCGCUAGUACUGAUUAUUCUUCUGAAAUCACCUCAAACGGGCAGCAGUCUCAGGAUGUACAAAAGGAAACAUUUCCCAGUUUAGCUGAAGAGUCCAUGUGGAGAAUGAUAAAACAAACUCCUGAGUGCAUUCUAAUGACAUAUCAGGUACCUGAGAGGGUGACAGAGGCUGUCCUGAGAGAGGACCUGGGGAAGCUGGCGGGCAUGCAGGGGCAGCAGCCCUGGUUCUCACGUGGGCAGAGGGAGGAGCUGGUCAAGGUGCACUCCUGGAUUCAGAGCCAGAUGAUCCCUCAAGGAAUAGACAUCCAAGGCUGCAGCACUUGCGAGAGCCAAGACUCCCUCAGCGACGCCACAGAACCCCGUGGUCAAGCUCCAGCAGCGAACAGCGGUUGAGUGGCCGUGGAGGCGUGCCCGCCAGGACCCACUGGACAACCAGACCUCUUCAUGUGUCUCUUUAAACCCCGACUCUAAGUGACCGUGAUGUUGUCACUGAAUGUUAAGAUUUUCCCUUCUUGAUUUUUUAAUAGGCAUCGUUUCUCUGAAGCAGACGUCACACAUAUAGUCCUUUAUGUCCAUGUUCCUGGAGUCUUACAGCUGUCAGUUAGGUUGUUUUCUAGUGUAGCCAUCCUCUGAGGAGAUCGGACGGCCUCUAGAGAGGUGUGUGCACAGGUGGCACCCGAAAUCGACGGUAGUCAGAAGUAUAGCCAGAAAGAGCCCCGAACCUUGGCCUCCUUCAUUUCGUUCUGUUGUUACAGAAAUCAUUUUCCCUGUGAGAGCACUUGACAUCCCACCUGCAGGCCAUCUAGUUUUCAGAAUGGUUCCCAGAGAUGUAGUACUUUCAUCUGGUCCUUGGGCAGCUUGGCGGGUCCUUUGGCAACUCAAACAAAACGUUCUCAUUUGCCCACAACACGAGUCGCUUCUAUAUUUACCAGUAGUAACAAAUACCACCCAUCAGUGCACCGGACAUAUCUGCUUGUUGGGGUUGGAUUUUGAGCUUUGUUCAUGUGGACGCCUUUCCUUUUAAUUUUCCACCUUCCACUGAAAUUCCCAAAGUCCUGCCUUAACAAUCUACUUACUGUGAGCUUAUUCAUCAGACAGUUGAAGUUAACUUCUGCAUGUGUGACAUUAAAACAGAAAGAGCUCCUCAGCCAACCAGUGGUAUUCCCCGUUCUAGUGUUUUUGGUUUUAAAAUAAUGACUGUAAAAAGUUUCAGAAGUCAUGAAAAAAUAAUUGGUGUUUAAAUGUUGUCUCACCCAAAAUUAACAGUUAACUCUUUCUUCCCAACCAGUUUACACACAAGAGGUCUGGCCAUCCUUAUCGGAGGUCUGUAAGUGCCGUGACAGGCUGCGUGGGGACAGCAGCGGUCCAUGGGGACAGCCGCAGCCCGAGGGAGCUCUGCUGUCCUCGCUGGAGUGCAGAAGCAGCCAGAGAUCAGUGCUUCCUAUGCCAGCCAUAACUGUGUCUUCUAGGAAGUGAGUGGGUUGUUUGCUUGAUAAGUUAGCUCCCUGUUCUUUAGAGAAGUCCAUGAUUCCUGCCAGACUCAGUAUGACCCACGCAGAUCAGAAAGAGGACUAGAAGCAAGUGAAGGAGGAGUAACCUUUUAUCUUUUAUAUAAUAGACUGAUUUUUCUUUUUUGUUGUUGUUUGUUUUGUUUUGUGUUUUAAGAAAACACUCUUCCUCCUUUCAAGUUUUAUACUUUUUUAUAAAAGUGCAUCCUGGUAAUAAUUAGAAGACUCAACCUUUUUAUCCAUGAUUCCAUGGUGACUGCUGGGCCCUGAUUCUUAGUUCCUAUAGCUCAGGUUUCCUUUCUAAAGUAGGUUUUCCUGGAGGGCAAUUCUGUGUGUUGGAGCCAUUUUCAAAUGCUAAGCUGUUCCGUGCAGCUACUCCAGUGUUAGACUGGGGGGCUCUCAUAUUCUACUCCAUCCUGAUCGCGGAGUGAUUUCAGAGCCCUCGUUGUAUUGGUUAGGUUGUGUGGUAUUUUUGCCCUUGGUGAAAAAUCAAAUUUUAAAAAACUAACCAGCCAAGAUAUUAUCCAUCAAUGUACUCAUCAUGACCUUCUGCAGGGACAAAAAUUUUAAUUUGUAUAAAUGAGAAAUGAUGUGUGGCCGGCAGAGGUCACUCAGCUUUGUGCAGCACAUUUUAUACCUUAUAUUCUCCAAUCAUGGAAGAACCUCUUUUUCAUUCUUUCUGGAUAUUGGUUUUAUCUGAAUUUGCUGAUCUUUUUGCUUUAGUACACAUUUUAUGGAGUGCAUAUUAUGCCAGACUUGACAUGAAACUGGUGCUUGUUGUAGGCAGAUCUGUAAUACCGUUUAUAACUUUCAUAUGUUGACAAGUAGAUUAGUUGGCGUGUUUAGGGAUUGGACCGUGAUGCUCGCACUGCUGGAGGGGAGAAAUGAGACUCGGCAGUGAGCUCAGCUGCUGCCCCCCAAGGGGGCUGUACCCACUUUUACAUUUUGUUCAAGUUUAUUAACUUUUUGUAUUAAUAACUACAGAAAUUGGUAAUAAAAAUGUGUAUUAUAGGCUUCCAUGUUUACAUAAAUGUUACAUUUUUGUAAAAUGUUACAAGCUGCAUUUUCUUGGGUAAGAGGUCAGGAUUUAUGGAAAACGGAAUGCUGUGUGAAUGGAGUUGUUUUGCAAUUAAGUAAAACUUCAUUAUAAUUCACAAGGUAAAUUUAAUCUAAAUUGAAAUUUCAUUUCAACUGAAUUUAUAAUUAAUUGUGUUAAUUUACUUGUUUUUAAUGGUUAUUAAUAUUUCAACCAGAUAUCUUUUUCAAGUAAAAACAAACUGUGUACAUGUAGAACCUGAGAUAUUUUUGCAUUGUGUCAAUAAACCUUU